GCAUCCCAAACAUCGAACCCCCAUCUUCGGCUCCGAUGCUUACAAGCUCCACAAGUGACUGCCGGCAGAUUCGGGUUUCAUUUCCGCCAUUCUACGCUUCGCUCCUUUUUCCAUUACCAAGAUGGAGGGCAGCACCGAGGGCCACCGAGUUCUCAAGGCAUGUGACGCCUGCAAGGCCCGCAAAGUUCGCUGUUCCGGUAACCCGGGCCCCUGCACACGCUGCAUGCAACGGAAGACGGAGUGUCACUUUAGCCGAAUGAAACUGCCCCGGAGACAGCAGGUGGCCACACAAUUCAUAUCUACACCCUCCCCACCAAGCACGAAUACGCAGGAGCAUUGUUUGACAAGUUCACCAAGCUACGAGUUGCCACAACUCCACGUUGAUCGACUGCUUCGUGCUCGGACUUCCGAUGGUAUGAGAGGAGAUAUACAGCUUACAUUGAAGGGGAACGGACUCUUUGGAGGAAACUACAGCCUCAGUUUCUUUUCGGAUAGCAGGCUGUUGUCUCUAUCUACACGUUUAGGGAACAGCAAAGUGAACGAGUUGGUUAGGCGAAUAUCCACGGUCAUCGAUGGCCGCCUGAAGCCAGGCAAUGCUGUGUCCACCGGGAGUCUGUCGAGGCAAGGGGCGAUGCUAGAUGCCGGCGCGGACAAGUGCGCUGCAUCAAGAUGGAUUAAGUUGUAUUUCCGACACCUACAUCCAUUUUACCCUUUCCUCGACCAAAAAUCAUUCGAGACCGCCGCCCAGGGCGCCAGCUUCCCAAACCUAGUGAAGCAAAACAAAGCAUGGUCUGCUCUGUACCACUCUGUGCUUGCUCUCGGGUGUCAAUUCGACGGUGGUGGUAGCUUUGAGCCAGGCAAGGGCAAAGCCUGGAGCCUGUUUUCCACCUCCCUGGCUCUCUUCCCCGACCUUCUCAAUCUCCCUGAUUCCCUUACCAUUCUCCAAGCCUUGGCGGCAAUGACCGUCUAUGCCUCCGGCAUAUCGUGCAUAUCGAUUGAGCACGUCAUCGCGUCGGAGGGUGCUAGGAGGGCACAGAAUCUCGCGCGCGCAAACCUAACUGGCAGCGCUGCUCACACGUUCCGCAAGACCUUCUGGGUCCUCUAUUCGAUGGAGAAGGUGUCCAGCUUUUACUUUGGGCGAAGCUCUGGGUUUGUUGACUGUGACAUUGGGUGUCCGAUUCCCAGCGUUCCGGAAUCGGUCUUUGGAGACCUCGACUGGUUUCUGACAUUUGCGCGGUAUUCCCGACUGCUCUCCCGGGCCCUCACGUCUCUCUUCUCCGUUGGCGUCACUGGCAAUCCCAGCACCUACUAUCUAGCCGCCAUUGAUCAGCUUAGCUCCGAGCUGGAGCAAUGGAGGAUGUCCGUGCCUGCUGAUUUCCGGCCCGGGGAGCCUCUUCGAGCGCGCAAACUUCUGUGGGACAAGAACAACGAGUCUCUGGUUGUGCAAGCGGCUUACUGGACUCAUUAUUUCUAUGGCAGUUUUCGUCUUAUUUUGUGUCGUGCAACCCUGCAGCUCGCCGCCCAAUGCGACGGACUGGUCAUAAUAUCACGCCAGGCGGAAUGCAAAAGGCUCAUCAUGGAGACCUCGCGGUCAAUUUUGGAACUAACUGCCCUCAUUGACGUAGAGCCUUACACCCCUCUCUGGAUCCUGGCCGGCAUGCCAAUCAUGGGACUAUUUGUCCUCUUUGACAUGGUCAUACAAAAUCCCAAGCACCCUGAAAACGCGAGUAAUUUGGCCUUGCUUGACGUAUGUGCCGGGCAUUUCAGCCGCCUCGAGUACGCCAGCGGCGGCUCUCUUCCCGGCUCGCUCAUCGCAGAAUUUGCGUCCAUUGCGAGGGAACACGUCAACAAUGUUCGCUGGAGCGGCUCCGGAGGCCCAACGCAAGAUAAUACCACAUCCUCUUCGACCUGGUGGCAGAGCUCGCCAGUUGUGCCGGCUCUUCAAGUUGAGUCGCACGGUAGAGCUCCUGUCGGCCAGCUAACUCCCGACGAGCAACAGGUUGAACUACCACUGACUCAGAUGUCGCACACCGAGUUCGAGGGCCAGAGCUCUGUUUCUGUGGAUGACGCCUUAAGCUUCCCGAUCAACAACACCUGGUACGGAAUCGACGACGAACUUCUUGUUGGGACAGAUAUUAUGAAUUUAUUCAAUUACAUCAUACCUGGGAUAGAUCCAGUGUUUUGUCAGGGUUUGGCCGAAGAGAAUGAGUUUACUGGUAGCCGUUGGUAGCUUGGUAGUUCAUUCUCGUUAAACUAACCACCCAUUCACCUUCGCUGCU